GGCAGGCAGAAAGCACGACUCGUUGCCAGAUGUAAAUACCAGAUAUUGCAGCGUGGAGCAUUCGGCGCACACGGUGCGCAGCUAAGAAACUCAUUUAAUCAUUCACAAUUUGAUCAACAUGAACUGGACUGCCGAGAGUCACGCUGUCCCCCUUUGCGACGGGAUGAGCAUGCCUGUGAUAGGACUGGGUACUUACGCAGAUCCGCGCACGACCCCGAAAGAAAGUGCAUACCGUGCUGUAAAAGUGGCUAUUGAGACGGGAUACAGACACAUUGAUGGCGCUUUGGUUUACUUCAACGAACACGAAGUGGGGCAAGCCAUCAGGGAUAAAAUAGCUGAUGGAACUGUCAAAAGAGAAGACAUUUUCUACUGUGGAAAGCUCUGGAAUACCUUCCAUCCGCCUGAACUGGUCCGACCUGCUCUGGAGAGAACUUUGAAGACCUUGCAACUGGAAUACGUCGACCUCUACAUCAUUGAACUGCCCACGGCCUUUAAGCCGGGAGAUAACUUCUACCCAAAGGAUGAGCAGGGGAAGUACAUUUAUCAUGACACAGACCUCUGUGCUACUUGGGAGGCUUUGGAAGCGUGCAAAGACGCCGGGUUGGCGAAAUCUCUCGGGGUGUCCAACUUCAACAAGCGGCAGCUGGAGUUGAUCCUCAACAAACCUGGACUGAAGCACAAACCGGUUUCAAAUCAGGUUGAAUGUCAUCCGUAUUACACUCAACCAAAGUUGCUGGAGUAUUGCCGGCAGAAAGAAAUUGUCAUCGUGGGAUACAGCCCGUUGGGGACUUGCAGAGACGCAUCCUGGGUCAACUUAACCUGCCCGCCACUAUUGGAGGAUGAACUUCUCGUGUCUCUGGCUAAGAAGUACAACAAGACCGCAGCUCAGCUUGCCCUCAGGUUCAACGUGCAGAGGGGAGUCGUGGUCAUUCCAAAGAGCUUCAGCCCACCUCGUGUUCGGGAGAACUUCCAGAUCUUUGACUUCUGCAUUUCCGAAGAGGACAUGAAGGCCAUUGAGGGGCUGAACAAGAAUAUUCGCUUUGUGGAACUUCUCAUGUGGGCUGACCAUCCGGAAUAUCCCUUCCAUGAUGAUUAUUAGACACCAAUUUUAAGAUGUACAUGUCAGCUGCUUCUCAAUCAUGUCGCAUGUGCUUUGGAGUUUUACCGGUAUGUAAGUCAGGGCUGUCAAACUUAUUUUAGCUCGAUGGGUGCACUUGGGACAAUUUGAUCUCAAGUGGGUCAGAGCAGUAAAACACAGGGCUCCAACAAACCAA